UUGGGCUUGCUCUAUUAGUUGGAGUGUCACCUUCUAAGAGUAAACAAUAUAUCAAUCUCGCAUUCCGAGCAAUAUGAAGAUCUUCAUCGUGCUGUCUCUGUUCAUUGCUGCCGCGGCGGCGCUGCCUCAAUUUGGAUUUGGUGGCGGAUUUGGCGGUAGACCUGGAUUUGGCGGUAGACCUGGAUUUGGUGGCCCUGGAUUUGGUGGCCCUGGAUUUGGUGGCCCUGGAUUUGGUGGCCCUGGAUUUGGUGGCGGCCCUGGAUUUGGCGGUAGACCUGGAUUUGGUGGCCCUGGAUUUAAUCGCGGCGGUGGCGGCGGUUCAGCAUCUUCGUCGGCCUCGGCCAGCUCUUCUGCCUCAGGUGGUGGUCGUGGUGGUGGUGCCUCUUCGGCGUCUGCCUCCGCAUCUUCUUCUGCCGGAGGCGGAGGCUUCCGUGGCUAAAGCCAUUUCGCC